UGGGCUGAGAGUCUUGCUUGCUGUACCAGCACCUAAGUGCUCAGAAGCGGCCUUUUGCUUCGCAGAGCGGGGGUGGGGGCGUCUUAGAAGCUUGGGGAAGAAGCACGUUGUUUCGGAGUUCCUAGUUGCGUUCUUUCUCCUUGGGAGGAGGGAAUUGCACAAGGAAAAGAAGAGAAGCCUUUACUUUGUAACUGGAAUUCUCCCGAGUUGAGCUGCGUCGUACAGACUCACUGCAUAUUUUAAUACAAAACUAAGGGAAGAGGCCAUUUGAUGCCGCUUGGCUUCAUCUCAACCGUCAGCCGGGGGGUGACUUCAAAAAGACGCAAGAUUGGGCUCUGGGGAAUAAAAGGAAGAAUUAGGAUGGCGGUUUUCAAGUGAAGUUUAGUCUAGACAUGCUUCUUUGAAAGUCACAAGGCAGAAGUGGUCAAAAGCAGAAUUUAAAAGAACCAAAACAAAAAUAUCAUAAGCUUGUCCUUCUCUCCUACUGGGAUAUAAAUUCUCCUAAGUAUCUCAUCGAAAAGGCCUGGGACGAAAGUCGACGGGAGCAAAUCUUGCAGGGAAAUUUGACUGUUUGACAAUGGACUAAUUAAUACUCACCGUUCACCUGUAGAGAGGAUGCACUUGGUUUCCAGCGCCCUCCUCCCAGCACAGGCCGCUGCCUCAGCAUCCACCCCGCAGCCCACGUGUGGCAAGCCGGGGAAGGGGUGGAGUGAACUGCCGGAGACCACGUGGAGGGAGGGGCCGCCUUGGCCCUUCCAUCUGGGUGCCGGGAGCCCCUAGGCCCUCCGGCCAUGGCCGACAGCGGCAGUGCGGGCAGCUCGGGCCCCUGGUGGAAAUCGCUCACGAACAGCAGAAAGAAAAGCAAGGAAGCUGCAGUGGGGGUGCAGCCUCCCGCCCAGCCCGCUCCGGGGGAGCCCACGCCACCUGCGCCGCCCAGCCCGGACUGCACCAGCAGCUCCCGGGAGAAUCAGCACCCCAAUCUCCUCGGGGGCGCCGGCGAGCCCCCCAAACCAGACAAGUUAUACGGGGACAAAUCCGGCAGCAGCCGCCGCAAUUUGAAGAUCUCGCGCUCCGGCCGCUUUAAGGAGAAGAGGAAAGUGCGCGCCACGCUGCUCCCCGAGGCGGGCAGGUCCCCGGAGGAGGCGGACUUCCCUGGUGACCCCCACGAGGACAAGCAAUAGCCCCAAUAGCCUUCGCGCUCCAAGACUGUCUACCCAGCCCUACCCCAAGCCCCCAGUUCCAAACCCGAGACUUCAGGCCUGCCCCCUCACGUGUUGUCUCAUUCCACCAAAUUCAGAAUAUUUACACAAUGCCUUCAUGAUUUUAUUUUUCUGGAAAUUGAAGUGUCAAUUGGGUUCUCAAUAUUUCAUGACUCCAAGGAUGCAUUAAAUAUUUAUUUGUGGUAAGAGAAGAUACCUGCCGCGGAGGAGGGUGGCAUAAUUAUUUUUUCAAAAAGCUAUUCUGGGACCCUGGCCCCCUGGCUUCUGUCACAACUCAGCUUGAACUCUGUAGCCUCUCAAAUGAAGAAGGUGGCUGUUAUUUAGGACUCUGUGGAAAGCAAAUCACAGUGCUGUUUUUAAUGCCUGAGAAAUGCACUUUAGGGGUACCUCCGUAGACGUAUACCUUAAGUGAAGGAGUGGGGGAGGAAGAAGCAUUCUUAAGUAGAAGCAUUUUAAGGUAAGGCAGGAUUGCUUUUAAUGUUAAACUACAAAACUGUACCGUCUAUUUUAGUCUGGACUAUUAAAACCCUUGCACUGUAA